AUGGAUCUCUCUCGUAUUUUGGCCGCAAAUAUCGACGGCCGCACCCAAAACACCCGCUAUCGCCAAAGCCAGUUCCAAAAACUCCAAUCAAGCUUGGUCAAGGACAUUGCCUCAAUCCAAGAUGCAAUCAUCUCAGACUCAGGACACACGCGGACUGAAGUUCGCGCCGAGAUUGUGCUCGCGCUGCAAGAGAUCAAGACCCAUUAUUCCAGCUUGAGUCUGGAGAAGGAUCUCGAAGCCGAGUAUCGCAUUGCGCGCGGCAAAGACAGCGCAGAUGCGAGGCGUGGAAAUGGAAUUGUGUAUAUCAUACCGAAUACGCACACAUUUUUCUAUUCCGUGAUCUCGGCGUUGAGCGCUGCUCUCGUCGCUGGUAACUGUAUCGUCCUCGAGCUCCUUCAAACAACAAGCGCGCUGCCAGUUCUUCUACGCAAGAUUCUUUCAGAAGCACUAGAUCACGACACAUUCGCCAUCACAACCCAACGACCAGACUCCUCAUUCCUGAACAAGGCCUUGAUAGUCGACCAAACCGGGGAGUCUAGCACCAGCAGUGGACUGGUCUCACCUGCCACCGGAAGAACGGUGGCUAUCGUCGAUCGCACAGCCAAUAUCGCCGAAGCUGCACAGGCAUUGGUAGCAGCGCGGUUCGCGCUCGGCGGUCGGUCACCAUAUAGUCCGGAUUUAGUGCUCGUGCACGAAUUCGCCAUGAAGCCUUUUGUCGAGGCUGUUAUCCAACAUGCGUCAAAGUAUCUUGCCGGCGAGAAUGGCGAGGCGAGGUCUCUAUCGAGAAAAUCUGGCUUGUUGGAUUCUAUCCAGAAGGAUAGACGGGCCAGGGUUCUUGUUUCUGGGAGUAAUUGGGGAGUUGUUGAGGUUCAGGAUCGGAAAUCACCCCUUCUGCAGAAGAAGAUUGCAGAGAAAGUGUUACUUGUUCAUCCAUUCUCUAGCUUGGAUGAUGCUAUUGACACCAACUGUAAUCAAACCCUAGCAGCGACUUAUGCCUUCGCAGCUCCUUCGUCAGCCAAAUACCUGACCCAAUUCAUCGACGCUCAUGUCUCCUGGGUCAACCAUAUUCCCAGCCACAUGCUCAUUGGUCCAGCUAUCCCCAUGAACACAAUCCCAUCUUCUGAAACCCGCUACGCAAAGUCUCAAUUCGAGCUUCCACGUCCACAACUGAUCGUCCCAGCUCCAAGCUCGGUCCAGAUUAUCCUCGGUAAUGAUACUGCCAAGGCAGAUACAUUGUGGCGGGAAGCUAUUGCACCGCUGGCAUCGACAAAGCAGAAACCGGGCUUUAAGAUUGGGUUCUUCGAACAGGGUAUUAUUACUGGUGGUCUUAUUACGCUUGCUUCACUGGUCGCUACUGUUUCUACGUUGGGAUAUUAUACUUGGACUUAUAUGCGGAGAAUUUAA